AAGUCGCGGGCAACAGCUAGUUAAUAAUAAAUUGCAUUGAAAAAAUCUACGGAACUAAAGAUUGUUUUAUGAGUCACUGUACUGAUAAGCACUGUCGUUAUACAUGAGGAUGUAUGGUUAUAUAAAUAAGCAAAACAUUAGUCAUUCAUUGAUUAGAGUGGAAUCAUGAGUUUCAACGACAAGGUGGUUAUUGUGACUGGCGGCAGCUCCGGCAUUGGAGCCGCAAUUGCUAUUGAUUUUUCCGCUGCGGGUGCCAAAGUUUGUAUUACUGGACGCGACAAAAAGAAACUCGACAACAUCGCGAAGAAAUGCAAGAAUCCAUUAGCCAUACUCGCAGAUAUAACUGUCGAAAAUGAUCUCAAGAGGAUUGUCGACGAAACAGUCAAACAUUUCGGGAAACUUGACAUCCUGAUCAACAAUGCUGGGAUGGGGUUACCUGCAAGUAUUUUAUCUGAUAACGCUAUGGAAGUCUAUGACACAGUGAUGAACACUAACCUACGGUCCACAGUAUACCUCACACAUCUUGCUGCACCUCACCUUAUUAAAACGAAGGGUAACAUUAUUAACAUUUCAAGUAUUUGCGGACAAACUGUGAUGGGCACGAACACUUUUGCCUACAACGUUUCAAAGGCAGCUGUUGAUCACUUCACGAGAUCUGUAGCGUCUGAACUGGCUUCAAGUGGUGUUCGAGUUAACUCUGUAAACCCUGGACCCGUGAUGAGUGAUGGAUUUGAAGCCGUAUCACAAAUCAUGACGGAUAAAGGUAUAACGUUUAAACAGCAUCUGACCCAACAGACAGCAUUAAAACGUCUUUCAGAAACAAAAGAAAUUGCUGAUUUAGUUUUAUUUUUGGCAAGUGAGAAAGCUAAAGGUAUCACUGGUUCGUUGUUUGUUGCGGACAACGGAUUCUUGGUUAAUACUGAUUAGAAUUUUAUUAAAUGUUGUGAGAAGUUAUUAUUAAUUUAAUGCUUGUUACAUUUAUUAUUUUACGUGUUACUGUACAUAAACAGAGCAAAAUAUUGUUUCAUACAGGUAUUUAGUAAAACGAGAGAGUUUUUAAAAAUGGGCAAUGGGAAAUUUAACUCUUAUUAUUAAAGGUUUAAAGGAGUCAGUUUCAAAGUAAAAAGCACUCAAUUUCAGAAAGAAAUUUUGGUUCAACCUACAUAAGAAAAUAUAUUAGCUUUUUUAAAUAUUGUUUGGACGUUUGUCUCAUUAUUUGAAGCUUUCUCAGGUUAGAAAUAUGAAAUUCCUAAUCGCAUUCGGCCGGCUUUUAAAAUUUUAUUUUAAUGUUCAAUAUUAGUUUUACAACUCUCUGCUUUUCUUAAAGUUAUGAGUAAAAGAAACUAUCGCGACAUUGUCAUUGUUAUGCUUUGCCUCAUCAAGGAAGAAAAUCACGAGCUGUGUGAAGUUGGACCAACUUAGACCACAAAUCCGGUACGAGCCUUUGUUUUCACAAUUACCAAGUUUAUGUACAAAGAGGUUUAUUUGCUUUUCACUUUGAAAUGAAGAUUUUUAAAAUGCA